CGUACGAACGGCGAACUUAAUAAUAUUAAAAUCAGAGCAAAAUACUGUUCGUGUAGUCAAGAAUCUGCAUCCACUUACAUGGCUGCCCUUUUGUUGUGGGACUGCUGAAACACACCAGUGCUGCAACUCAUCCUAACGUUGGGGAACCAGCGGAGAACAAGACUAAACUAAUCAUGUCAGCAACACGAAACCCGGAUUGCAUUUCCUUGGCUAAUUUUCCAUGAUCUUAUAUAACCCGUAUCCAGAUCCGAGAUCAAUGAACACUCGUGCAGCGCACUGUGUAACCAAUGACCGAGACAUGCCAGGCAGAUAUAAGCUCACUGAUUCACACUUGCUGCGCUAAAUAAAAACACGUAGGAAGCUGGUCUGUCUGAAUGGGCCUUGGGUGGCCAUGUUUCUUUCAACAGAUCACCUUAACACAUAUGGAGGUUAGUUGGAUGAGAUUCCUGCUGUCGACUGCUCUACCUAUCAUGCCAUUGCUCCGUUAUAAACACAGAGAGAAGCCAAGGAUUGAGCACCAACAAACUGCAGCCCUUGUCUUGCCAACCUUUCUCUUCCAUUUCCAUACCGAAGAAAGUAGCAUCAGAGCCUCAAAACCACAAGCAUGGCUUACCAUCUAAGAUCUGCAAGCGCGCCUUCCAGCCCUCGCUCAAACAAACCCCAAGUAGAGCAGCAGCUCCAGAGCCUGAGCGCAACCAUCUCUUCGCCCUUGGUGACCAUCGAUACGGCAUGCAAAGGUUUGAUGAAGCUGGAAGACAUCUACAGCUGCAUUGAAGAGAUGAUGUGCACACCCAGCAACCAAGUCAGCUUCUGCAAGACCCUGCAAAGGGUGGCAGUGGAGGCCGAGCUUGGACGGUCCCUCGUCGUGCUUGACCUCUGCAACGCCAUGCAGGAGACCUUGAUGGAGCUGAAGAUGACUGUCCAAGAGCUCUUGUUGGUUCUGAAGAGAGGAGAGGAUGUAACUUGCCAGUUCAAGGCGUACAUCCGGCUAGCCAAGAAGGCACAAAAGCAGUUCAAGAAGAUCAGCAAGAAAACUGCUUCAGACAAGAAUGAUUCUAGGAUGGUGAUGCUAAUGGCAGAAGCAAGAGAGAUCACCAUUUUACUUCUCGAAUCCACAUCCUGCAUCUUGUCGAAGCAAAUUGAGAUGCCCAAGUGGUCUCUUGUCUCCAAAACAUUGCAGAAGAGCAAAGUUGUGUUCGAAGAGGAGCAAUUGCGGGCAUUCGUGUGCAGUAUCGAAGAUCUUGAGAGCGGAGUAGAACUUCUUUACAGGAGAUUGAUCCAGAACAGAGUUUCUCUUCUCAAUGCUCUUAGUUUGUAGAUAGCCUGAGCUCUAGUUCCCUGCGAUUGCCAUCCACCUUUUAAAGGAUUAGUCGAUCAUCAUCAUAGCACUUUUGUAGUAUGUACAAUUGUGGAUAUGUGCAGAAAUUUACUUAACCGAAAAGCGAAGAGAAACAAUUUUGGCAAUUUCAUUUUCUGAAUUUUACCAUUUUUACUGAUAAAAUGAUUAUUUGUUAAACAAGUGACUAACUGACUUGGUUUCUCAUAACUCGAAGAAAAGAUUUCUCUCCUCAAACAUAGUAUUUAUUUACAAGCAACAGAACAAUAACAUGGAAUUUGGGGCUUUCCUGUCACAUAAAAUGUUGUCUAGUUUAUAACUUUACACAAGAAGUAAUGAUAUCUCUAAAUGGCCUAUUAGUCUCAGGUAAUUAUUUCCCAAGGGUCAUAUUACUCAGAGUCACAGGUGUCGCAAGCUCUAGCAUG